CUUGGACUUUCUCACUGGCUGGACAGAGAGUUUGUGAUCCUACUGGCUUCUUUGUCUCCAGAAUAAUCUGCAAAGACCGCUGGUUUUAUUCUGGACAAAAGAUCUCCCUUUGGUUUUGCAGCUGCCCCAGGAACAUGGAAAAAGGAGCAGAUCUGAAGUAUAUGUCAGGAUUUGGUAAUGAGCAUAGCUCUGAAGACCCCCGCUGUCCCGGAGCUUUGCCAGAAGGACAGAAUAAUCCUCAGGUAUGUCCUUAUGGGCUGUACGCUGAACAGAUCUCGGGUUCAGCAUUCACCUGCCCACGAUCUACCAACAGGAGAAGUUGGAUGUACAGGAUUCUGCCAUCUGUUUGUCAUAAGCCCUUUCAACCUGUGGAUCAAGGUUAUCUGACACAUAACUGGGAUGAAGCUGAGCCGGAGCCUAAUCAGCUGCGAUGGAAACCUUUUGAGAUCCCAAUAACAACGCAGAGAAAAGUGGACUUUGUAACUGGAUUGCACACUUUGUGUGGUGCUGGUGAGCCCAGAUCUCGGAAUGGGCUUGCGAUCCACGUCUUUACCUGUAACACCUCCAUGUCCAACAGCUGUUUUUACAAUUCUGAUGGAGACUUUCUGAUUGUACCACAGCAAGGAGAGUUGUUAAUAACUACAGAGUUUGGAAAGUUGUUGGUGGAGCCCAAUGAAAUCUGUGUCAUUCAGCAAGGGAUGCGAUUUAGUGUAGAAGUAUCUGGAGAAACUCGGGGCUAUGUCUUGGAAGUAUAUGGUGUACAUUUUGAGCUGCCUGACUUGGGACCUAUUGGAGCCAAUGGCUUGGCUAAUCCACGUGAUUUCCUUGUGCCCGUGGCCUGGUAUGAAGAUCGGCAAGUAGCUGGGGGUUAUACCAUCAUCAACAAGUACCUGGGGAAACUCUUUGCAGCACAGCAGAACUGCUCUCCAUUCAAUGUUGUAGCCUGGCAUGGAAACUACACCCCAUACAAGUACAACCUCAGCAAUUUUAUGGUUAUAAAUUCUGUGGCUUUUGACCAUGCAGAUCCCUCUAUCUUCACCGUCUUAACUGCAAAGUCAACUCGUCCUGGAGUGGCAGUUGCUGAUUUUGUUAUAUUUCCACCCCGCUGGGGAGUGGCAACCAAUACUUUCCGUCCACCUUAUUACCACAGAAACUGCAUGAGUGAGUUUAUGGGCUUAAUCAAAGGAACAUAUGAGGCGAAGGAACAAGGAUUUCUACCUGGAGGUGGCACUCUGCAUAGUAUGAUGACACCUCAUGGGCCAGAUGCUGUCUGUUUUGAGAAAGCAAGUACCAGCAAGCUACAGCCUGAGAGAGUUGCAGAGGGAACUAUGGCCUUCAUGUUUGAGACUUCUUUUAACUUGGCUCUCACCAACUGGGCUCUGAAAACUAGCCUGGACAAGAGCUACUACAAGUGCUGGGAAUCACUGAAGAGCCAUUUUAAUGCAAAACACAAGUGAAGAGUCUAGAUAUGUGUAUGCUCAGAUUUUUCCUGCCAGCAUAACUAAACAUUAUCAAGGGAAGUGGGCCUUGAUCAGUAUUACAUGCAAAUAUUUAUGAGCAGCUGAAACGAUAAGUGACUAGUAACUGUGACAGAAUAAAACAAAACCACAUGUCUUAAUUACCCAAAUAAUGCUUUAUAUGUGAAACUAAAGUAAAGGUAAAGGUUUCCCCUGACGUUAAGUCCAGUUAUAUCUGACUCUGGGGGUUGGUGCUCAUCUCCAUUUCUAAGCCGAAAAGCCAGCGUUGUCCAUAGACACCUCCAAGGUCAUGUGGCCAGCAUGACUGCAUGGAGCACCGUUACCUUCCUGCCGGAGUGGUACCUAUUGAUCUACUCACAUUUGCAUGUUUUCGAACUGCUAGGUUGGCAGAAGCUGGAACUAAGAGCGGACGCUCACUCUGCUCCCCGGGUUCGAACCUUCAGGUCCAGCAGCUCAGCACUUUAACACACUGUGCCACUGGUGGCUCCACAUGUGAAACUAGAAAAGUCAAAAAAUCGCCCAUUGUUUAAUAUCCAAUGCAACAAAAUACCUGUCUGGUGCAUUUUCAAAAUUAGAAUCACUUAUUUUUUUAAUAGAAAACUAAAAAUAGUCAUGUUUCAUGAAAAUUUGGGGUUGGGUAGCCACUGGAUUGCUAGAAUGCGACAACCAUAGCUUCGGUUCUCCAGAACUCUUCACCAUAUUUAGAAUAGAAUUCUAUUUAUAUAGAAUAGAGGAUGGGAAUUUCCUUGGUCUAAAUUAUUUACAGUCUUGCAAGGAGUGAUUUCUCAAAUAAAGACUGGAACUCAA